AAAUUAAUUCUCUGUAGUUGGUGAAAAUACAGUGCGAUCGCUUCUAUUCAAAAUAAUAAUCCAAUUCUGGAAUAAUGAAAUACUUUUUCGUUGUCAUUUUUCAAACAUUUUUUGUGUUUGACGAGAUUUGCGGAGAAGUCACUCACGGUACAUUUGUCUCUAAAUUCCAUUCCAAAGCUUGGAUAACAGACAAAAAAACAAAAGACUGGACAAAAGAGUUGAAACCACUGUUCACACUAUGGCAAGACAUUAAAGAACCCCAAAUUGAGGAAGCAUUAAACUCAUUAAUCAUAAUUAACGUCGAAUUUCAUGUGAAUCAACUCGGUCAGUCUCUUUCUGUGGAUGAUCGUACUACGAUUUUCUCAGAUACACAGGAUAUUUUAAGCAAACAACCGGAAGUUCACAACUUAUGCAACAGUAUUGGUAGUCAACUCAGAAUGGGUUCAACUGUUAAACAGUCCAUCGAAUCUGAAUCCAAAUAUAUGAAUUGGUGUGAUAAAAAAAUUGAAAAUUCACAUUUGACAAAAGUCACUAAAAACUUGAAUGAUAUGAAAAAAAUUCAUAAGCAUUUACUAAGUUUAAUCAAAAUUGAAUUUUCAAAGAUUAAGCCAACGAAAGCAGCCUUUAAGAAGGAAAUUGAAGAAUUUCUCGGAACUUGUAUCAAAACAGAGACAUUCAGAAAUACCCAAUCUCAUGUAAUAUAUAUGUCAUUGGAAGGCAAGUUAAAUCAUAUAAAAAAAAUUCAAACAGAGCUAUGGCAAACUUUGAAAAUAAUUGAGAGUAUAUUAAAUGAAUAUCAGAAACAACGUAAGAUAUGGGUCAAUUUCCUUAUGGCAUUAAGAGAUACAAUUGAACCCUGUACAUUACACAGUUAUUUGUAAUUACACAGUUUAAUCAACUUUAAUCAACUCAUAAUUGAAUCUGGAUCAGGAGCAUCAUCAGGACAGAAGAGAGAACGAGUUGCUUCAAGACCCAAUUUGACCAGAAAAAAAUAAAUUGAAAUCACUUUCAGUUUUACAGAUGUUAUUAUUUCAAAUAAUAUUAAUAUUUAUUUGUAAUGUACAUUCGACAUUUUUCAAAGAAUAAAAUCUGUUUUAGAAUGUUGUAAAUCGAA